AUGACGAGCAACGAGCAAAACGGGUUGGAGUUGAAGUGGGAGAUAGGGUUAAUUAGUGCCGUAUCUCUGGUUGCAGGCACUAUGAUAGGAUCGGGGAUCUUCAUGUCCCCCCAGUUUGUGAUGUCCAAUGUUGGAAGCCCUGGAGCGAGCUUGAUCAUCUGGGCUGUUUGUGGCUUGGUGACUCUUUGUGCUGUGCUCACUUAUGCAGAGCUCAGCACCAUGUUCAGAGAAUCUGGAGAUGAAUUUAUUUAUGUCCUGAGAAUCCAUGGACCAUUACCUGCAUUUUUUGUGGCAUUCACUUUCAUAAUUGUGGUGGAUCCAGCAUGUAUUGCGGCUGUAGCCUUGAGUUUUGCUGAGUAUGCUGUUGCUCCAUUUUAUCCAGGCUGCAUGCCACCUACAUUGGUGGUGAAAUGUAUAGCAGUGGCGUGCAUUUUUGUGGUGGCUGCCGUCAAUAUGAUGAAUGUUCGCUUUACCAUGGCUAUUCAGGUUAUUUUCCUGGUGGCCAAAGUUGUGGGUCUGAUGGUGAUUGUUAUUAGUGGAAUAGUGACCAUGGCCCAGAAUGGUCUGGGAAACCUUAGAAAUCCAGACACUGCCUUUAAGGGCACGAAUUUAAAAUUAAGUACCAUUGGAAUGGCUCUAUAUCAGGGACUCUGGUCUUUCUCAGGAUGGGCUAAUUUAACCGCUGUGCUUGAAGAAGUGAAAAAGCCAGAGAUUUGUGGGGGACGAAUUUGCUUUGUAGCCGCCCGAGAGGGUCACAUGCCUAGCAUACUGUCUAUGGCCCAUGUGAAACGUCUCACUCUAUCUCCAGCUCUCAUCUUUUCCACCAUCAUUGCCUUCGUCGUGCUCAUUCCUGGAGACUUUCAGGGCAUAAUCAACUACUUCAGCUUUACAUCCUGGAUCUUUUAUGGACUUGCGAUAUCAGGAUUGGUCUAUGUAAAAAUAGAAAAAAUGAAUCGUCCAUGUGCAUACAAGGUACCCAUAAUUAUCCCUAUCCUGGUGCUGCUUGCAUCCGUGUUUCUGGUUCUAGCACCCAUCGUUGACAAACCUCAGCUUGAGUACCUGUAUGUCACACUCUUCAUCCUAAGUGGAGCUUUGAUUUAUUUUCCAUUCAUUCACUUCAAACUGUGUCCAGACCUGCUGGACAAACUCACAUUGUUCCUGCAGCUCUUCCUGGAAGUGGCACUAGCUGACAAAAAUAAAUAA